UCCGCCACUCACAAUCUCUCUCUCUCUCUCUCUCUCUAGCUCUCGCUCUCGCUCUCAAACCCUAGCCUCGGCCUCAGCGUCUCCGUCGAGCGAUCGGCCAUGUCCGUGAAGCGCUCCCGCACCGCCCGCUCCUCCAGCUCCGGCGACACCGGCUCCGUCGCCGCCGGCGUCGGCCAGCUCUCCUCCCCGGCCGCCCCGCCCCCCGCCCCCGCAGACGCCGACGCCGACCCCGACGACCAGCGCCGCCGCGCCGCUCCGCGGCCGGGGAUCCUCACGCUGUCGUCCCCCGCGGCGGCGGAGGACUGGAGCCAGGAGCGGAUCGGGAACUUCCUCGAGAUGUGCUCCUACUGCGAGAAGAGGAUCGGGGAGAGCGACGAGGUCUUCAUGUACGGCCACUUGAGGGCAUUUUGUACGAUUGACUGCCGUGAGAAGCAGGUUGCCAUGGACAAGUUGAGAGAGAAAAGGUCCGUGGAAUCAAAGAAAGUCGGAGGAUGGCAUACGGCAGAAUGAGCAAGAUGAACGAUGGCUUUUGACUUUGAAACGAUGAAAAACUAGUUCUCCUGAAAGUGUUGGUAGUUAACUAACUUCAGUUAGUGCAGCUUCUGGGUCUUUUUGCUAUGAGCGUGCACUUCUACAUAGGGUAGGAUCGAUUUGCAAACUGUUUUUGGGACUUGUACAGUUCACUGCUCCUUCUAGUAUCAACAAUGCCAUAUUUUGAUGUUGAAUUGUUGAUCAAUACAACAAUCUGCUUGCAACAAUCUGCUUUUGGGUGUAAGCAGGCCUUUUUUUGGAAACUACGUCUCGGGUAUAAUACUUACUGAACUACUAUUGACAUCCUCUAAUGUAACUAAAUAU